AUGGCACACAAACCAAAUCCCGUCCUCUCUCAGGACCAAGUCGACCACUUCAUGCGUCAUGGGUUCGUUCGCGUCGAGAAGUGUUUCUCACAGAAGAAAGCAGAUCAAUGGGCCGGUAACGUGUGGAAAAGGCUCGGUAUCUCACCCACAGACAAAUCAACAUGGACCAACGAAGUCACACACAUGGAUGAAACAAAGACCGAGUCUGUGAAGAAGUUCGCCCCCAAAGCAUGGUCUGCCAUGUGCCAACUCCUCGGCGGCGAGUACCGCAUCGCCCCAGAUUCCACUACCUGGAACGACGCAUUCAUCGUCAAUCUUGGAUCGCCUCAGUCGGAGGGUACCUGGCCGGAGCCAGCAGAUCUUCCGGGGUGGCAUGUCGAUGGAGACAACUUUAUCCAUUUCCUCGAUUCGCCAGAGCAGGCUUUGUUGGUGAUUCCGUUAUUCACGAAGAUAGAAGAGCGUGCAGGUGGGACCAUGAUCUGCUCGGAUGCCACCAAAGCGAUUGCCCAGCAUUUGUAUGAUCAUCCGGAGGGGGUGUCACCGUAUAUGCUGCCUCGUGGCCAGGAGCCUGAUGGAGACCCAACCGAUACGCCCUUCUAUUCUGAUAUCAUCGAGAAGUGCAGCGAGUUUCACGAGAUGACUGGUGAUGUCGGUGAUGUGAUUCUGAUGCACCCGCUGAUGUGUCACUCGGUCUCGGUCAACAGCUUGCGGCAUCCACGCGUCAUUACCAACCCGCCUGUGUCACUGAAACGGCCCUUCAAUUUUGACCGCAAUGAUCCGACCCAGUAUAGUAUCGUCGAGAAGAUGACGCUUCAGCUGCUUGGGAAAGAUAGGCUCCGGGGUUGGAGGAUUCGGGGAAAGAGAGAAUUCGUGGAACCUGAAUGGUCGAAGUGA